CACCCGAAAGGAAGAAUACAAGUACGAGUACAAGUACAAGCACCAUUGCGAAAUCGGAGCCAUUCGUCGUUCUCCACUGCCAUUCCUGCGCACCCACGAGCGGACAGACACGGCACGGCACGACACGGCAGCAGCCAAACCACAAAACCAACCACCAUGGCCCAGUCCCAGUCGUCCGCCAUGGCCAAGCUCCGCGGCCGGCACUACGACGCCGCCCGCGCCAGGGUCCCUUCCCCCGCCGGGGGGGGAUCCGGGGAUCCCCCCCCGGCGGCAGCGGAAGCCAAGGCGAAACCCUCCGGGGCGGCCUCGGCGGCGCACGCCCGGCGGUUCUCCCGCUUCCACAACACCCGGCUGGGGAGCGGGGGACUCCCCCCCAGGAAGGCUUCCGGGAAAGACGCUUCGGAAGGGGCGGCUCCCAAACCUCCUCCUCCUUCCGCUGCUCCCGCCGCCGCUCCCAAGCCUCCUCCUCCUUCCGCUGCUCCUCCCGCUGCCGCCGUGGCUCCGGCCACCCCUUGUCCUCCCCCUUCCGCUGCCAGCGGCCAAGAGCCCUCCACCGAGCUGGACCUGGUGGUGGCCAUCUCGGACCGCCUCGAAACCGGCCUGAGCCCUGCCGCCCUCCGGGCCAUCCUCGACCUCCUCAAGCGGGGGGAGCAGCCCGACGCGAUCGUCGCGGUCGUCACCAGCCUCGCCCAGCGGCCGCGGUAGCGAAAGGCCUUCCGGGGGGAAACGGACGACACGGGGCAGCAACACAACGCAAGGCAACACAAGGCAACGCAACGCAACACAACACAAGGCACCGCAACACACGCGGAAUGGUGCAGGGCAGGGCAGAACAGCAAGGAUUGCGGGCUGCGCUCCAAGAUCGGUGCCACGGCGACUCCCUUCGUUUCACCGCAACAUCCAGAGAAGAGAGCCGGCGCGUUGCGGUCCCGGUCCGUGCGGCACGAUCCCGGCGCAUGCGAAACCGCACUGCCGAGAAACCAAUGAAAAAACGUCCGAACGGCAGGGAGACGAGACAAACCACCGACGAACGAGCCAACGGAGUUUUCGAUGGCUACGSUUUGGUGACGGCUGCAUUUUUACGGAUAGCACAGAAAUCGACGCGCAUCGUGCCUUGCAGCACAAUCUCGUCCCUCGAUCGAUGUGCUCAAACACCAACAAACGUUCCCAUAAUCAAGAACACAUCAUGUCCUACGAAUGGUUCUUCCAAAAUCAUGGCGACGUCUCGGAGAUUUCGAUAGAAAUAAGACACUUUUACAAUA